AUGAGUGAAUUCAUUCUGGUAGCAAGUCUAUGUCUUAUGUCUUCUGGUGUUUUAAUAUUUGGAGUUUGUAAAAAUGCUGCUGGACAUAUAAAUCUAGCGGUAAUGUUAAGUGGUGUAGUAGGUGACUUGGGUUUCAAUUACAUGGUAAAUAUUGCUCGUGUAAAUACUGAACGUCAAUUAAAUUUACGUGGAACUCUUCUCCUUGAAAAUAUUUUGACGGAGAACACAGUCGAUACCGUAGAGGGUUUGGUAAAGAAAAACUACCAGCUAAUUAUUUGCUCGUCGUUUGACCACACCGGUGGUUGCUACAAAAUGGCUGCAAAAUAUAAAAAUGUUAAUUUCCUGCUGCGAGAUAUUCCAUGUCAGAAAGUUGGUGACGGAUCAUGUAAUAACCUGCCAUCCAACGUCGGAACCAUCAUGAUGGAUCUCGGAUUUCCACAAUACAUCAUUGGAUACAUUGCCGGUUUAGUGUCAAAGAAUCACUCCGUUGGAAUUGUUGUUCCAGGUCUACCUACAUUCUCUUAUUCCACCGCCAAUGCUUUCAUGAUUGGUGUAACCAAAGCAGUCGCUGACUAUGGUUUGCCAGCUAGCAAAGUCUACACCGUCGAGACUGGAUCGUGGUUGGACGUCGACAGAGAACGUGGUGCCACUCAAAAGCUAAUCGAUCUCAACGUCGAUGUCAUCGGUAUGUCUUCCGAUGAUCUCACCGUACAGCAAGUCGCCAUUGAGAAUGGAGCUUACACCUUUGGAACCUCUGGAUAUCCAGUGUUCAACGUCCUCGGAGAAUCGAUCCUAACAUCGGUUCUCACCGAUUGGACUGCCACUUUUAUCAAUGCAACUCGAAUGGUUAUGAAUGGUAAUUGGUCUAGUUACUCUUGGCAAGGAGAGUAUAGCACCGGUGACUUGACAAUGGAUAUCUACUCACAUAUCGUCGACAACGUAACAAUGUCAAGAAUCCAACAGGAGUUGACCAACAUUAGAACCUCUGUCAACCAAACCAUUCAACCAUACAACUGUCAUAUUCUAUACAAACAAUCUGGAUACCCAGUAGACAGUAAUAACUGCGUACCCUAUCAAUCGCUAUUGGAUAGUCCAACAUUAUUAAAAGGAAUAGAGGGUCUUGGAUUAUAUGAAAUUCCAGUUGUUCAUAAACCAAUUGGUAGAUCUAUUACUCUUGGAUUUUCAAUUACAACUGGUAUUGUUGCAUUCGUCGCAGUUCUCAUGCUUCUUGGUGUAAUCAUAUUUAAAUCUACAAAGAUAUUAAAGUCGGCCAGUCCAGUAUUCUGUAUGGCCAUUAUCGUUGGUGGUCUUCUUGUAUUCUCAGGUAUCAUUAUUUGGGUACAAGAACCAGAUACAUCAUUGUGUCGUGCUCGUUAUUGUAAUCCAAGAUUAAAGAGACUAAAGAUUACAAACAAAACAUUGUUACCAUACAUUCUUGCUCUGAUCAUUUUGAAUUGUAUUAUCUUGGCAGUGAUGACCGGUAUUGGAAAGAUCGAAUCGAUUCGAUCGUUCGGUACCGACGGUCUGAGUACUUACCAAUACAGAAACAUGUGUGAUCAAAAACUCAGUGGAAACAUCGUUCUAUAUAUCUUACUUGGUUACCAUGGUAUCAUGUUGUUGGUUGGUUGCUUCGUAUCUUGGAAGAUCCGUAUCGUAGAGAUCCCAGAGUUUAACGAAUCGAAACCGAUUGCCAAUACACUCUAUGCUAUUUCAUUCUGUCUCUUCAUUAUCAUACCAUUGAUAGUCUCUCAAAACGGUUUGGAUUCACAAGUAAUCGUUAUUUGUGCAAGUGCACUCUUCACAACAGCAUCUUCACUCGUCAUUCUAUUCGUACCAAAAUUCUGGAGAUUAUAUACAAAGGGUGUCAAUGCCGAUCCAUUCUCAUCAUCUUCGACCAAUACAUUUGUUGCAUCUGUUGGCAAAUCGAAUGCAGUUGGUAUGCAAACAGUGGUCGCUGCUGGAAUGGACGAAACAAACACAAGUGCUCCACCAGAGAUAAAAGACGAUUCUGAAUCAAUUUCAAAAUCUUGA